GUCACCCUACUACCGUACGACCUGUAGGUGAAACUUGAAACAUGGACCCAAUGCAUCGACUGUGCUGUUAUGUCUGGCUUUGAGCGCAAAAUAGAGGGGGAAAUACUUUUCUCUAGUGUUUCCCUUUUCGCGUUUACAUUUGGCGUAUGGUUUUGGUAUCAGGUCGAUCUGGUUAGUUUUGUUGGAGAAGGAUUAUUACUAGAGGGGCCGAGAUAACAUCCAGACGAUUGAGUGUCAGGUCGUUUAAACGCGUUAAACAUCACCGAGCCUAAGAUGGCUUUGGCACGGCAGGACUACAUUGCCCCAUGGUGGACUUACUGGCUGCACAAUUUUCCUCAUCUUAAUUUAAAUUUCCAGCCCGUUGACAACACUUUCAGACCGGAGGAAGCAAGCUAUCAGCAGUCGUUGAUCUUCCUUGCCUGUGUGUCAGCGGUGGGUCUAGGCCUUAGCCUGCUACUGCUAGCCGUCUACCUCAGCUGCAUAUGCUGUUGUCGGAAGGAGGAGGAGGAGGAGACCAAGAGGCCAGACUCCUGCUGUGUCACAUGGGCAGCGGUCAUCACUGGCCUGGUCAUCUGCUCGGCUGUUGGGGUGGGUUUCUAUGGAAACAGCGAAACCAACGACGGGGUGUACCAGCUGACCUACUCCCUCUACAAUGCCAAUCAAACAGUGGGUGGCAUCGAUAGUCUGGUGACUGGCUCCUUGAACAGCAUGCAGUUGGGACUGGAGGAGCACCUGUCCAGGCUGGACGAGAUCUUCUCCACACGGGGGGAUUACGGCCAGACGCUUCGCUUCAUGCGGCAGAUGGCUGACAACAUCAUCAGGCAGCUCAUCAACCUCCCGGACAUCAGCAAAGCCAAGGUGGACUUGGCGGCCAUCGCUGACCAGACCGCUUUUGUGGAGUACUACAGAUGGCUCACAUACCUGCUUCUGCUCAUCCUGGACCUGGUCAUUUGCCUCGCAGCGUGUGUUGGACUGGCCAAGCACUCAAGAUGGCUACUCAUUUCGAUCAUGGUGUUUGGGGUGCUGACGUUGAUCCUCAGCUGGGUAUCCCUGGGAGCAGGCACUGCCACAGCAGUGGGGACCAGUGACUUCUGUGUGUCUCCAGACAAGUUCAUUGUGAACCAAACCAGAGACUUCAUCAGUGCAGACAUAGUCCAUUACUACCUGUACUGUUCGGCGAGUCUCGCCAACCCUUUCCAGCAGUCUCUGACCACCUUCCAGAGAUCUCUGACCACGAUGCAGAUCCAGGUGCAGGGCCUGCUGCAGUUCUCGCUGUCCAUCUUCCCCACGGCCGAGAGGGACUUGCUGGGCAUCCAGCGUCUGCUCAACACCACUGAGUUUAACCUGCACCGGCUCACAGCUCUGCUCGAGUGCCGCAGUCUGCACAAGGACUACCUGGACUCCCUGAUGGGCGUGUGCUAUGACGGGGUGGAGGGUCUGCUCUACCUGUGUCUCUUCUCCCUGCUGGCCGCAGUGGCCUUCUGUGCCAUGCUGUGUGCUGUCCCUCGCGCCUGGACACUCAUCGCCAGCAGGGACAGGGAUUAUGAUGACAUAGACGAGGAGGAUCCGUUCAAUCCCCAGGCCCGGCGCAUGGCUCCGUACAACCCCAACCGCUCUCACAUCCACAGCUUCUGCAGCUACAGCAGCAGCCUGAGCAGCCAGAACAGCCUGCACCCACCCCCACAGGCAGCCACCUCCAGCGCUGCCACCUCCGAAUACAUGAAUCAGUCCAUGCUGUUUGGAGGGAAUCCUCGAUACGAGAACGUUCCUUUGAUCGGGAGGAGUUCGCCACCGCCCUCAUUUUAUCCCCAGACAUUUAAAAACAUAUUCUCCCAGUAUGAGGACCACAUACCUAUCUAUGACUGAGGCUCAGAUCAGACACUUUGGCAACGAUUUCCAGAUAUAGAGCACGCGCAUCCUCUCGCCACCACCACCAGCCUCCCUGCUUGCUCUGCGCGUGGGGAAGACUGUUGUGCCUGAUGCAAGUGGCAUGACGGCAGGGUGUCACGGAUGGUCCUUUAUGAUCUUAUCUGACUGCCAGUCUGAUGUCCCAUUCUGGCCAGCGGGUGGGGAAAAAGCCACAUUAUCAGCUCAAAGACCUGCCAUAGCACCGUGUGUGAGUGUCUGAUGGUGAUCUACAUCAAGCUGGCUUUGCCCCUCACCACCCCCCCACACACACACGCUCACACACGUGCACACGCACGCACACACACACGCGCACACACGCACACACACACACACACACACACAUACACACACACACACACACACACACACACACACACACACACACACACACACACACACACACUAUGAAUCAAUACGGCACAAACAGUGACCAACAUAUACAGGAUGUAAAUAAAUUGGUUGUUUCCCACUGUUGGCUCAUAUGGAGUUGUAAGGCAUUACACACCCCCUAUACCUAUGCAGACUUGAAAGUGUGUGAUCCUGUGGAAGGAUCCUUGACAAGGGGGGCUAUGCUCCACCUAAUUUAUGCUGUAAUUACGCUGUGAAAACCACUACUGGGUUUCUGUGAUCAUACUGCUGAUGCCGAAAUGGCGGAAAAUUGUUAUUGUGACCCUCUGGAACUGGCUACCACAGCAUGACGAUUUCCUCUUAUCAUGCAAGUACUCAGUUCACCAAAGACUGGAGACGGAUCCAAUAAGCAUUGUGUGUGCAGUGUUUUUUUCCUGUAUGUUCCGGUAUUGUAAUACGAAGCUUGGUCACUAUAUAAUUACCUUUCCUGUGUAAAUCAGCUAGAUUGCUCCACCAGAGGAUGUUUCAAAACAUGACUUUGUUAGGUGCAGUGGGUUUCUGAAAUCAAGACUGAAAAGCAUGUUUAAUUGUGCCUCUGUUGUUUUGAGUGAUUAUGUCUGUAAUAGAAUGAAAGUUGCAACCUUUUUAUAUUCGAUAAUGUACAUUUUGAAACCACAAAUCUGUGUCUUUUUUUCUUUCAUUUUUGGUCGUUUUAGAGGUUUAGGCAGAUAUGUCUCACAUCAUGUAUUGGAAUGAGAUGGAAAAACACUGUUGGUAUGAGUUAUGAUAAAUAUAAAAUCCAUACAGGAAUAAAAUAACACCACAUAUCAGGCAAGUACAACACUAUAUUUGGAUGGCAAAAAUCUAAUUCUACAGGUUACAUUGCAAGCCACAUUUUCCAAAGAUUCUACAGGUCUACAUUAGUUAAUUAGACAGUAGGCCUAGUGGACACAUCUUCACCUCAUGUCUCUACUGACCUCCAUUUUUUUUACCAAGUCAGACAUAUUUCUCUCAAGUGCUGGUUUUUUUUACUGUCAAAAUUCUGGGACAGAGAUUGUGAGUUUUACAAAAAAAAACAAUAAUAAUAAUAAACCGUUAUUUUGUAAAUCCGCCACCCUUGUUCCAAGCAUACCUGAUUGGAUUUAGUAGAACUGAUCUGAAGCGCUGCACACCUUUGGUAAUACUAGACUGCAAUGGAGAGAGAGAAUUUUAAGUUUAUUGUUUGUAUGUUAGUGUCUAUUUUGUAAGCUAUGUAAAAGUACAUUAGCACACACUGAAAAAGG